CGCGCAGGGCUGGCAGAGGCGCGGAGCCGUCCCCAUGGCCGCCGUGCCGGAGCCCGACGAGCCCGCGAAGCGGAAGGUUUUCGGAUUUAAAAAUGCAGACUGCAUACCAAAGCUGGACACACACAAAGCAAGCUGAUUCAGGUUGUCACACGCCUUUUAAGCUCCUAGGAAUUUUAGACAUUGAAAAUAUUCCCUGCGCCCGGGAUUCAGUACUGUAUGGUUCGUUAGGAUCUGUUGUGGCUGGCUUUGGACACUUUUUGUUCACUAGUAGAAUUAGAAGAUCGUGUGAUGUUGGAGUAGGAGGAUUCAUCUUGAUGACUUUGGGAUGCUGGUUUCAUUGUAGGUAUAAUUAUGCAAAGCAAAAAAUCCAGCAAAGAAUUACCAGACAAGGAAUGAAAAAUAAGUUAUUAUAUGAAGGUACCCACCUCGAUCCUGAAAGAAAACAAAACAACCGUAACAGCAGCAAUUGAACAACCUUGAGCAUAGAAAACCAGACUCCCUGGAGUCAGCGUGAAUGCAGCUAAGAUCAACCACGCAAAACACUUCAUGUACA